AUGGGACUCAAGGGCUCGAAACCUAAACUCUCGAAAGAGGACUUGGAAUUCCUCAAAAAGAACACCAAUUUCACUGAAGAACAAAUCAAGGAAUGGUACAAGGGUUUUGUGCAAGAUUGUCCGAAAGGACAUCUCACCAAGGAGCAGUUCAUCAAAGUUUACAAGGAUUUCUUCCCAUCUGGUUCAGCGGAAGGCUUCUGUGAACAUGUGUUCCGAACGUUCGACACCGAUAAUAGCGGAUUCAUCGAUUUCAAGGAAUUCUUACUAGCUAUUAAUGUGACCAGUUCUGGUACACCGGAACAGAAACUUGAAUGGGCGUUCCGAAUGUAUGACAUUGACGGCAAUGGUACCAUCGAUGAAAAGGAGAUGAUUAAAAUCAUCGAGGUCAGUCUUUCUAUUCUUUCCUUUCUCUUUUCUUUGCAGUAG